AGUUCAGCCAAUCACAUGAGCGGAAGUUUAACGUUGCGGUAAUCCGGUUCAGACAUAACAAGUGCGGCCGACAGAAGCUGAACAGAGUCCUUAUCUUCACCCAUAAAACCCCUGCUUUUCAUCGUUUUACGACCAAGUCGGGCGCGUGGACACACUGUUAUGGUGGAGCGAUAUGCGUUACAAAGAGACGUGUUUUCAUAGAGGAUACAGUGCUUCUUUUUCUGCUAUUUUGGUCCGUUUGUUAGUGGUGAUGGUGUGCACCGGGCUGGGUGAGCAGCGAGUAGCCUGACGCGGCUUCACCACAGGCCGGGGCGAGCCUUCCAGCUUCGCCCGGUGGACUCUGAUAACCAAAUGCGUCCGAGUGUCUGUUAGGAAACAUUACACCUGCUUACAGUGGUUUACUUCAAACUGCCUCAACAAUUCCCACAGAGUGAGACCCAGUCAGCUUUCACGGUGGAAACUAGAAGAAGAGCAAAGAUGAAUGCUGUGCGGGGGGGCACAGUCACCUGGCGCCCCCAGCCAUGGCAGGACGGGGAUGGGGGAGGAGGGGAGCCUCUGUCGGACAGCGACUCUGAAGAAGAAGACUUCCCUGAUGACAGCACGACCCCAUUGGGGGACUACAUUACACAUGGACUAAAGCAGCUCCUGGAUGCUCAGCAGCUGUGUGAUGUGACUCUGCUUGUUGAGGGGAAGAAGUUCAUGUGUCACAGAGUCCUUUUGGCGGCUGUGAGUCCAUAUUUCCGGGCCAUGUUCACCAGCCCUCUGGUUGAGUCCCGCCUCACCGAGAUCCGACUGGAGGAGGUGACGCCGUCUGUCAUGGAAACUGUUAUCCAGUUUGUGUAUACUGGAGAGGCAGGACUGUCUCUGGACACCGCUGAGGACCUGUUUGUGGCUGCCAAUCGGCUUCAGGUCUUGCCCCUUCAAGACUUGUGCUCCAGGUUUCUGUUUGAGCACCUCUCAGUGGAUAACUGUCUGGGGAUGUAUUCUUUGGCUCGCUCUCAUCAUGACCAGCUUUUGCUGCGGGCCUCCCUUCGGCUAGUGGCCCAGCACUUUCCCCGGGUGGCCCGACAGAAAGACUUCCUCCUGCUCGACCACGGUACUUUAGGCAGCCUCCUGAGCUCCGACCGCCUGGGCGUGGACUCUGAGGCGGAGGUGUACGACGCAGCACGGCGUUGGGCGGAACACCAGCCUUUGGAUCGCUACUCCCAUAUGCCGGCACUCCUUCAUCACCUGCGUCCUGGACUGCUGUCUCAGGAAGAGAGCCGAAGACUGAGCCAGGAGCUGGGGCCUGCUGCAGCUGGAGAGGGCCUUGGGGGGCCUUUGAGACCACGGGAGGGCAUGUUUGAGAAAAAGAUUGUCUGUGUGGACCUAACGCCUCGGGAAGAUGAUAAUUUAGCUUCAAGAGACUACACAGUGGACUGCUUUGAUCCUCGGACUGGAAAGUGGGAGAAGUUGGCUGCACUUGGGUCACUCGUCAGCCCUGGCUGCACAGCUGUGGGUGACAGGCUGUUCAUAGCAGGCGGGAUCCUGCGAACAGGCUCUGUGUCUGCAGCAGUGCACGAGUAUGAUGCCGUGUCAGACAGGUGGAUAGCACGACCUGCCAUGGUCCAGCCGCGUGCUAUGCUAGGUCUGCUGGGUUGUGGGGAGUCGCUCUAUGCCUUGGGUGGCUGCAACCGCUCAGCUCUACUGGACUCCAGUGAGAUCCUGGAGCUCUCUACACUUCAGUGGGGGCCCGGGCCUCGGUUACCAUUCCCACUGCGUGCCUUUGCCUGUGCAGCACUGCGAGGACGACUUUACCUGCUGGGUGGAACCACGCUCGAACAGAACCGGGCUGUGGUUCACUCAGGUGUGCUUAUUUAUCAUACCAUGACAGACUGCUGGACUCGAGUAGCGCUGGACUCUGGUGCCACCUGCCUCGCUGGAGGCGUGGCAGUUCGAGGAGGAGUCUGCGCCAUUGGGGGAUACAUGAGGGAUACCACCAAGUUCCUGGAUGGAAACUACACCAACCUGGAGACUUUGGACGCUACAGGCCGCGUGCUGUUUUUUAGAGAGGGCAGGGGGUCUGGGGUAGAAAGGGAGGUCACGGGGGGAGGAGUGAUGGUCAGCGCAGACCAGCGGGGGGGAGCAGGUGGCGGGAGCGACCGUGCCCCAAGUCCUGUUGUUUUCCCCGGAUUGCCUCGGCGGAUUGCAGCAGGGGGUGUGGCCAGGUGGAAACGGAGGAUUUACGUGUUGGGUGGAGAAAACGGCUCGCGGUUCUAUGACAGCGUGUACUGUUGGAAACCUGGUUGGCGCAGUUGGGUCCAGAGACGAGAAAAACUCCCUGGAGAUACGGGAGGAGUGAGCCAGUUUGGGUGUACUACUCUUAAAUUCCCCAAAAAACACAUCCUGUCCAGACUGAGACUAGCCAAAGAAAACUGCAAGAAACCUAUAGACUAGUGACAGGAGCGUAUGACUGAUGCAGUUAUUUCUGAGGUCAUCGUCGGCCUCAUGCAGUGUUUGUGUUUGAAAUAAAUUCAAAAUUUAAAUAUCUAAUUUUAUACAAUCUGUGUGCAGCCACCAAACACGCCUAUAAAAAACUGGAUUGUCUUCAGUAAACAGGACCAGUUGAGUCAGGAACUGGUCACAAGCUGGGCAACAUGCAACUGAAUGUUACUCUGUUCAUUAUUAGUCAGAAGAAGAAAACCUUGUCACAGAAGAGAGCCUUUUAAUUAUUUUCAUAAAGUAUGAUGUUAUUUUUGGCUUUUAGGUAGCGUAAUAUGUUGAAGGUUGUUUGGAAGUCAUCUCAAUGCUGUGAAUUUGUCAGCAGGAUGUAGUUUAGAGACAUUUACUGGCAUUCUUCCAGCCAUGCCAUAUUACAUUUUAUUUAUUUAUUUUUUUAUAAGUCUUUUAAAGUUCCUCCCCUUUUCUGUCUAAAGGCCAAUUGCCACCGGGUCUAUGUGCACCGCGGCCUCUGGAGCUAAUCGUAGCCAUUUUAGUCCACGGCUCACACCGGGUAUGUGCAACGCUUGUCAGAAGCGUCCCCGAAGCGUCUUGUCGUGGCCCUCUGCUAAACAUACUGUUGGGUCUAUUUUUGAUGGAGCACGCUUCCAGAAGGCAUCAAGCUCAGCAGUUCUGAUAGGACUAAACGGCAAAUCAGACAUUGAACAGCGUAAAGCAGUGGUCGGCAACUGGUGGCCCGCAAGCCAAAAUUGGCCCACCGCCAAUAAUAUCUGGCUUGCUAGAUUAUUGAUU